UUCAUCCCCGCCUGGAACCCUCCAUGCUUCUGGCCCCCUGGGCUCCUUCUAGAAGCUGCUUCUCACACCAGCAAAAGCUCAGGGGCAGUUUGCAAGAAGUAGCUGAGAAUUUUUGAAGUAAAGUUCUGGGAGCACAAGGCAAGCCCCCUCCCUGCCACUGGGACAGGGAGGGGGGGCCCAGGAGAGGGCAGGUCUCUACACUGGGUGCUGCCUCUCUCCAGUGCCUUGAAGGUUAAGUGCUCCAGGAUAUUUUUAAACAGCAGGGGCCAGUUAAUCUAAAAGUGGCAUUCACAGUCACAGCAGGGAGCAUUUGGCUGGCAAGCCAGGAGACUGGAAGAGAGAAGCCAGGGGCCCAGAGGGGGAGAAGACAUGGGGAGAGACUGAAGGGUUGUUUGAAUGAUCCUGCUGCUUUUUCUGUCUGGCUUGUUUUUCUACUGCCUGACCUUUUCCUGGCUCAAAACCCGGCGGAAAAUGACGGACUCCCAGCCGGCCACAGCCUACACGAGGGACACCUCUGAGGAGCAGCCACAGAGACCGGACAAUCACCCUCUGCCCACCGUGCCUGACCUGGCUGAGCCAACCUCCCCCAGAAGCCCCAGAGAUGCUCAUCAGCAGAGACCCUCCGGGCCACCCCCUCACCAGAAGUCCCCGAGGAGCCCCCUGCUUCCCGAGGAUGCCCCAGUGUCCCAGGCCAACGGGACCCAGGGCCCUGAGCCCCCCAAAACCAAUGGGCUGUCAUCAGCGUCCAGGCCUCUGGGGCCGAGGGCAGGUACUUGUUCCAGGGAGGAUGAGAGGCAGGCCCACAUCAAGCGGCAGCUGAUGACCAACUUCAUCCUGGGCUCCUUCGAUGACUGCUCCUCUGAUGAGGACACCGCUGCUUCUGCCUCGUCCCGUAAGGGGAGCCGGGCUAGCCUAGGAGCCCUGACCCUGGAGGCUAUCCCCGGCAUAGGCGAGCCUGUCCCCACCAUCAGGACUAGCAUGUCGGGACUACACCUGGUGAAGAGAGGCCGAGAGCUGAGGAAGAUGGACCUGCACCGAGACUUCGCUGUGGCAUCCCCAGCCGAGUUGGUCACUCGAUUCGGGGGGGAUCGAGUCAUCGAGAAGGUGCUCAUUGCCAACAAUGGCAUUGCUGCCGUGAAGUGCAUGCGCUCCAUCCGCAGGUGGGCCUACGAGAUGUUCCGGAACGAGCGGGCCAUCCGCUUUGUCGUCAUGGUCACCCCAGAGGACCUCAAGGCCAACGCAGAAUACAUCAAGAUGGCAGACCAGUAUGUCCCCGUGCCCGGAGGCCCCAACAACAACAACUAUGCCAACGUGGAGCUGAUUGUGGAUAUCGCCAAGAGGAUCCCCGUGCAGGCACUUUGGGCCGGCUGGGGCCAUGCUUCCGAAAACCCCAAGCUUCCAGAACUCCUGUGCAAACACGACAUUGCUUUCUUAGGCCCCCCCAGUGAGGCCAUGUGGGCCCUGGGAGAUAAGAUCGCCUCCACCAUCGUGGCCCAGACACUGCACGUCCCCACCCUGCCCUGGAGUGGAAGCGGACUGACCGUGGCAUGGACAGAGGGAGACCUGCAGCAGGGGAAAAGGAUCAGCGUCCCCGAAAAUAUCUAUGACAAGGGCUGCGUGAAGGACGUGGACGAGGGCUUGGAGGCUGCGGAGAAGAUUGGCUUCCCCCUGAUGAUCAAAGCUUCCGAGGGUGGCGGGGGCAAGGGCAUACGCAAAGCCAAGAGUGCCGAGGACUUCCCCAUCCUCUUCAGGCAGGUGCAGAGCGAGAUCCCGGGCUCCCCGAUCUUUCUUAUGAAGCUGGCGCAGCAUGCCCGCCACCUGGAGGUGCAGAUCCUGGCUGACCAGUACGGCAACGCCGUGUCCCUGUUUGGACGGGACUGCUCCAUUCAGAGACGCCACCAGAAGAUCAUCGAGGAGGCGCCGGCCACCAUCGCCACCCCGGCCGUGUUUGAGUUCAUGGAACAGUGCGCCGUGCGCCUGGCCAAGACGGUGGGCUACGUGAGUGCGGGCACGGUGGAGUACCUCUACAGCCAGGACGGCAGCUUCCACUUCCUGGAGCUCAACCCCCGCCUGCAAGUGGAGCACCCCUGCACGGAGAUGAUUGCAGACAUCAACCUGCCGGCCGCCCAGCUGCAGAUCGCCAUGGGCGUACCACUGCACCGGCUGAAGGACAUCCGGCUGCUGUAUGGGGAGUCCCCGUGGGGGGUGACCCCCAUCUCCUUCAGCGCCCCUGCCAGCCCUCCCCUCGCUCGGGGCCAUGUCAUCGCAGCCAGAAUCACCAGUGAGAACCCUGACGAGGGGUUCAAGCCCAGCUCCGGGACAGUCCAGGAACUGAACUUCCGCAGCAACAAGAACGUGUGGGGUUACUUCAGUGUGGCGGCGGCUGGCGGCUUGCACGAGUUUGCAGACUCCCAGUUUGGACACUGCUUCUCCUGGGGAGAGAACCGGGAAGAGGCCAUCUCGAACAUGGUGGUGGCCCUGAAGGAGCUGUCCAUCCGGGGUGACUUCAGGACCACUGUGGAGUACCUCAUCAACCUCCUAGAGACCGAGAGCUUCCAGAACAACGACAUUGACACGGGCUGGUUGGACCAGCUCAUUGCCCAAAAAGUGCAGGCAGAGAAGCCGGAUAUCAUGCUGGGAGUGGUGUGCGGAGCCCUGAACGUGGCUGAUGCCAUGUUCCGAACCUGCAUGACGGACUUCCUGCACUCGCUGGAGAGGGGCCAGGUCCUGCCUGCAGAUUCGCUGCUGAACAUCGUGGACGUGGAGCUGAUUUACAGUGGCGUCAAGUACACCCUCAAGGUGACCCGGCAGUCUCUGACCAUGUUCGUGCUCAUCAUGAACGGCUCCCACAUCGAGAUCGACGCCCACCGGCUGAAUGAUGGAGGGCUGCUGCUGUCCUACAACGGGGGCAGCUACACCACCUACAUGAAGGAGGAGGUGGACAGCUACCGGAUCACCAUCGGCAACAAGACGUGCGUGUUCGAGAAGGAGAAUGACCCCACGGUGCUGCGCUCCCCGUCGACCGGGAAGCUGACGCAGUACCUGGUGGAGGACGGCAGCCACGUGGAGGCAGGGAGCAGCUACGCAGAGAUGGAGGUGAUGAAGAUGAUCCUGACGUUGAGCGUGCAGGAGAGCGGGCGCCUGCACUACAGCAAGCGCCCGGGGGCUGUGCUGGAGGCGGGCUGCGUAGUGGCCAGGCUGGAGCUGGAUGACCCCUCCAAGGUCCACUCGGCCGAGACCUUCACUGGGGAGCUGCCUCCCCAGCAGACACUGCCCAUCCUGGGGGAGAAGCUGCAUCAGGUCUUCCACAGUGUCCUGGAGAACCUGACCAACAUCAUGAAUGGCUACUGCCUCCCGGAGCCCAUCUUCAGUGCCAAGCUCAAGGAGUGGGUGCAGAAGCUCAUGCAGACCCUCCGGCACCCUUCGCUGCCGCUGCUGGAGCUACAGGAGAUCAUGACCAGCGUGGCGGGCCGCAUCCCCGCGCCCGUGGAGAAGGCCGUGCGUCGUGUCAUGGCGCAGUACGCCAGCAACAUCACCUCCGUGCUCUGCCAGUUCCCCAGCCAGCAGAUCGCCACCAUCCUGGACUGCCACGCGGCCACCCUGCAGCGGAAGGCUGACCGCGAGGUCUUCUUCAUGAACACCCAGAGCAUCGUGCAGCUGGUGCAAAGGUACCGCAGCGGGACUCGAGGCUACAUGAAGGCAGUGGUACUGGACCUGCUGCGGCGCUACCUGCAGGUGGAGCAUUACUUUCAGCAAGCUCACUACGACAAGUGUGUCAUCAAUCUCCGUGAGCGGCUGAAGCCAGACAUGUCACAGGUGCUGCACUGCAUCUUCUCACAUGCGCAGGUGGCCAAGAAGAACCAGCUGGUCAUCAUGCUGAUUGACGAGCUGUGCAGCUCGGACCCCUCGCUGUCGGAAGAGCUGACGUCCAUCCUUCAUGAGCUCACGCAGCUCAGCAAGAGCGAGCACUGCAAGGUGGCGCUGCGGGCCCGGCAGGUCCUCAUUGCCUCCCACCUCCCGUCCUACGAGCUGCGGCACAACCAGGUGGAGUCCAUCUUCCUGUCUGCCAUCGACAUGUACGGACACCAGUUCUGCCCUGAAAACCUCAAGAAGUUAAUCCUUUCGGAAACGACCAUCUUCGACGUCCUGCCCACCUUCUUCUACCACACCAACAAGGUGGUGUGCAUGGCGUCCUUGGAGGUGUAUGUACGGAGGGGCUACAUCGCCUACGAGCUCAACAGCCUGCAGCACCGGCAGCUCCCAGACGGCACGUGCGUGGUGGAGUUCCAGUUCAUGCUCCCGUCCUCCCAUCCCAACAGGAUGGCCGUGCCCAUGAACGUGACCAACCCCGACCUCCUGCGGCACAGCACCGAGCUCUACAUGGACAACGGCUUCUCUCCGCAGUGCCAGCGCACGGGCGCCAUGGUGGCCUUUGCCAGAUUCGACGACUUCACCAGGAACUUCGAUGAGGUCAUCUCCUGCUUCGCCAACCUGCCUAAGGACACCCCGAUCUUCUCCAAGACCCAAGAUGGUCUGUACCCCGAGGAUGACAGCAAGCACCUCCGAGAGGAACCCAUCCACAUCCUGAACGUGGCCGUCCAGAGCACCGACCAGCUGGAGGAUGAGGACCUGGUGCCCAUAUUCCGCGCUUUCGUGCAGUCCAAGAAAAACAUCCUUGUGGACUACGGGCUCCGGAGAAUCACUUUCCUGAUUGCCCAAGAGAGAGAAUUCCCCAAGUUUUUCACGUUCAGAGCAAGAGACGAGUUCGCCGAGGACCGCAUCUACCGCCACCUGGAGCCCGCGCUGGCCUUCCAGCUGGAGCUCAGCCGCAUGCGGAACUUUGAGCUGCGUGCGGUGCCCUGCGCCAACCACAAGAUGCACUUGUACCUGGGCUCGGCCCGAGUGAAGGAGGGCGUGGAGGUGACGGACCACCGUUUCUUCAUCCGCGCCAUCAUCCGCCACUCAGACCUGAUCACAAAGGAAGCCUCCUUCGAGUACCUGCAGAACGAGGGUGAGAGGCUGCUCCUGGAGGCCAUGGACGAGCUGGAGGUAGCCUUCAACAACACCAGCGUGCGCACCGACUGCAACCAUAUCUUCCUCAACUUCGUGCCCACCGUCAUCAUGGACCCCUCCAAGAUCGAGGAGUCGGUGCGCUCCAUGGUCAUGCGCUACGGCAGCCGGCUGUGGAAGCUCCGUGUGCUGCAGGCCGAGGUCAAGAUCAACAUCCGCCAGUCCACCACGGGCUCUGCCACGCCCAUUCGGCUCUUCAUCACCAACGAGUCCGGCUACUACCUGGACAUCAGCCUCUACGAGGAAGUGACCGACCCCAGAACCGGAAACAUCAUGUUCCACUCCUUCGGCAGCAAGCAGGGCCCCCAGCACGGGAUGCUAAUCAACACGCCCUACGUCACCAAGGACCUGCUGCAGGCCAAGCGCUUCCAGGCCCAGUCGCUGGGCACCACCUACGUGUAUGACUUCCCGGAGAUGUUCCGGCAGGCUCUCUUUAAACUGUGGGGCUCCCCAGACGGGUACCCCAAAGACGUCCUGACGUACAAAGAACUUGUGCUCGACUCUCAGGGCCAGCUGGUGGAGAUGAACCGACUUCCUGGAGGGAACGAGGUGGGCAUGGUGGCCUUCCGAAUGCGGCUGAAGACGCCCGAGUACCCGGAUGGCCGAGACGUGGUGGUCAUCUGCAACGACAUCACCUUCCGCAUCGGCUCGUUCGGGCCCGGCGAGGACCUCCUGUACCUUCGGGCCUCAGAGCUGGCCCGCGCAGAGGGCCUACCCCGCAUCUACCUGGCCGCCAAUAGUGGUGCCCGCAUCGGCCUGGCCGAGGAGGUCAAACACAUGUUCCAGGUGGCCUGGGUGGACCCCAAACAACCCCACAAGGGGUUUAAGUACUUGUACCUGACGCCUCAAGACUACACCAAGAUCAGCGCCCAAAACUCUGUGCGCUGCAGGCACGUGGAGGAAGAUGGGGAGUCUAGGUAUGUGAUCACGGACAUCAUUGGGAAGGACGAAGGCCUGGGUGUGGAGAACCUGCGAGGCUCAGGCAUGAUCGCGGGCGAGUCCUCCCUGGCGUACGACGAGGUUGUCACCAUCAGCCUGGUGACCUGCCGAGCCCUGGGCAUCGGGGCAUACCUAGUGAGGCUGGGCCAGCGGGUGAUCCAGGUGGAGAAUUCACACAUCAUCCUGACGGGAGUCGGGGCGCUUAACAAGGUCCUGGGCCGAGAGGUCUACACAUCCAACAACCAGCUGGGCGGCGUACAGAUCAUGCACUACAAUGGCAUCUCCCACGCCUCUGUGCCCGACGACUUCGAGGGCGUCUACACCAUCCUGGAGUGGCUGUCCUACAUGCCCAAGGACAACCGCAGCACUGUCCCCAUCAUCACUCCCACCGACCCCAUCGACAGAGAAAUCGAAUUCCUCCCAACCAGAGCCCCCUAUGACCCGCGGUGGAUGCUGGCGGGAAGGCCUCACCCAACUCUGAAGGGAUCUUGGCAGAGCGGCUUCUUCGACAAAGGCAGCUUCCAGGAGAUCAUGAAGCCCUGGGCCCAGACGGUGGUGACGGGUCGAGCCAGGCUGGGGGGCAUCCCUGUGGGUGUGAUCGCUGUAGAGACGAGGACCGUGGAGGUGGCAGUGCCCGCAGACCCCGCCAACCUGGAUUCUGAGGCCAAGGUCAUUCAGCAGGCCGGCCAGGUGUGGUUCCCAGACUCGGCCUACAAGACGGCCCAGGCCAUCAGGGACUUUAAUCGCGAGUACCUGCCUCUCAUGAUCUUUGCCAACUGGAGGGGCUUUUCAGGGGGAAUGAGAGACAUGUACGACCAGGUGCUCAAGUUCGGGGCCUACAUCGUGGACAGCCUGCGACAGUACCGGCAACCCAUCCUCAUCUACAUCCCCCCCUAUGCCGAGCUGCGUGGGGGCUCCUGGGUGGUGUUGGACCCCACCAUCAACCCCCAGUGCAUGGAAAUGUACGCGGACCAGGAGAGCAGGGGGGGCGUUCUGGAGUCAGAGGGCACCGUGGAGAUCAAGUUCCGAAAGAAGGACUUGUCCAAGGCCAUGAGGAGGCUCGACCCCGUGGCCAAGACGCUGGUGGAGCAGCUGAGCUCAGGGGAGCUCCCAGACAAGGACCGCAAGGCCCUGGAGGCGCAGCUGCGGGCGCGGGAGGAGCUGCUGCUGCCCACCUACCACCAGGUGGCGGUGCAGUUCGCUGACCUGCACGACACUCCUGGCCGCAUGCUGGAGAAGGGGGUCAUCUCGGACGUGCUGGAGUGGAGGACGGCACGCACCUUCCUGUACUGGCGGCUGCGGCGCCUCCUGCUGGAGAGCCAGGUGAAUCAGGAGAUGGUGCGGGCCAGCGGGGAGCUGAGCCAUGCCCACGUGCAGUCCACGCUGCGCCGCUGGUUCAUGGAGACCGAGGGUGCCGUCAAGGCCUACCUGUGGGACAACAACCAGACAGCGGUUCAGUGGCUAGAGCAGCACUGGCAGGAGAGCGACAGGGUACGUUCCUCCCUCCUCGAGAACAUCAGAUGCUUGAAGCGCGACUCUGUGAUCAAGACCAUCCGCAGUCUGGCCCAGGAGAACCCCGAGGUGGCGGUGGACUGCGUGAUGCACCUGAGCCAGCACAUCAGCCCGGCCGAGCGCGCGCAUGUGGCCCAGCUGCUGACCAGCCUGGACGGCCCGGCCUCCACCUGACCUGCCCGCCCCGGGACACGGCCCCCAUGCUCACCCUCUGUCGGUCGGCCGUGGCCCCGCCAGGAGCCCCCCACCCCCGGCUUCAGGGGUCUCUGUUGUUCGGCUUCUUCAAGGGAAGGCCCGGGGCAUCUCUGCACGGCUAUCGAUCCCCAGCUCACUCUGCCCUCAAUAAACAGGCCCAGGGGGCCCCUCCCAGCAGGCCCUGCACCUCUCCCUUGUCGCCCGGUGGGUGUUGUCUGUGGAGAUGGUGUCACAUGGAGCCCGGUGCCCUCUCCGAAGCCCCCUAUACGGAGGGGACUUUGACGACUCGGUUGUCUGUGCUCUGAGCCUGGCUCCUGGCGUCAGCUGUGUCACUGGCCCAGAAGGAGUGUAGGGGGUGAGAGAAAGCCCAUUUUUGUGUUGAAGGGCGUUCCCAGGAGAGAAUACAGGUGAUUUGAUUCGAUUUUUAGUUGAGAAUCAGAUGGUGUUUCAUCUUCCCAAAACGGGUCGUGCUCAGCUCAGUUCUGCUUGCCAUUCUGGGAGGCAAGCCAGUUCCAAGCCCUCACGGCCUGUGAGCACAGUCUUCCCUCUCCCCCAGGUGCACCCUCCUGCCUGGCUGGGAGGCCACAGUGUCACCACCGAUCGCUGACACUCCCCUUGGAGGGUCCUCUCAAGUCACCAUUGUCACUCCGACACCAUUUGCCUCGUGGUCCGUGGCGGGAUCGAGAAAGAGCACUGGACCUCGGGUCACGCCAGCUGGGCAGCUCGUCCAUCUGUCCCUGGACAGCCUGUCGAGGACACCCAAUGACACCUCACCCCAGAGGCCAAUGACGUUAGCCAGCAAGUAGCCCUAGAGGCCAGAGGAUAUCUGAGCUUCAGAACACAAAGUCGUGUCCACAGCCACUCAGGCCAGUGACAGUGGGCCCCAAGCCCAGGAUGGAAGGACGGACAGGCUCAGGAUGUGCCGCCACCCUGGCUGGGGGGACGGGAAACCUGUGGGAAUAAACUAUUUUUUUGAAGGAA